AUACUUCUCAGGCUUUUAAUACGUCGCAGCGUCACAUUCCGUUUGAUCUGCCACGAUGGAUGGCAUGGGGGAAGGUCCAGAUGGCAUGGGCUUUGAUAUGCCGAUGCUGAUGAACCAACAGCCCCAUCUCUUCGGCGGCUAUAACCACGACAGUUCGCGCGGUUCACCGCUGAAUAAUGUUCUCUCGAAUCCCACCUAUAACGAGGAACCUGGAAUGGCGGGUGAGGACAACAAUGACGCCAAGAGGAGAAGGAUUGCGAGGGCCUGUGACAUGUGCCGGAAGAAGAAAAUCAAAUGCGACGGCAAGAUGCCCAAAUGCUCCCACUGUAUUAACUAUAAGACGGAUUGUGUUUUCACUCAGGUGGAGAAGAAGCGAAAUCCUCCCAAAGGUGCCAAAUAUAUCGAGGGUCUAGAGAAUCGGUUAGGGAGAAUGGAAUCGCUUUUACGUCUGUCUGGUCUCUUGUCGGAGGAUGAUGGGAAAACCGACCUUGGGACUCUGGAGAAGCGCCUCGCCGACCGAUCUCUAGGCAACACGGGGCUGAACGCCUUGAAAAGUCCAACAAAUAAAUUCAAUGGCUCCAGCGCGGCGUCGCAAUCCCAGCACACUACUGUGUCUCGCCAUUCGACGCCACGGAUGGAUUCUCACUCCAGUCCGCACACAGCUGCCACCUCUCCCGAUUCACCGAAAGAAUCCGAGCCAGAAGUCGAGGGAUUAUCAGACAUGAUGUGCUCACUUGUGACAAAUAAUUGUGGAGAAACGCGGUACAUCGGAUCAUCUUCGGGAUUUUCCAUAUUCUCUCCGAAGGGAAUUCAAUGGGUCAAUGAAAAAACAGGCGAUACCUCUUUUCAGGACAUGAUCUCGUCAGCAUACGUAGAUGAUAACAAGUGGAUGUACUGGAAACCAGAGAUUUUUAGCGACAUAUUUGCUCGUCGUGUCUUUAAACCCUUACCCCCAAAGGAGGAGGCGCUGUCACUGUUCAAAGAUUUCUUCGAGAAUUUCAACUGCAUGUUCCCGUUGUUUCACGAACCGACAUUCAUGCACUUGGUGGAGCGCCAAUACUCUCGGGAUCCAUACGAAGGCUCUGGCUGGUGGGCUAGCAUCAAUGUUGUCCUGGCCAUCGCCCACAGGCUACGAGUCAUGAGUAAUUUGGUGCCUCAAGAAGAGGAUAAGAAGGCUUGGCUCUACCUGAAAAAUGCUAUGGGAGUCUUGACCGAAUUAACCAUGCGGAAUACAGAUCUUUUGAGUGUCCAAGCAUUGCUAGGCAUGUCACUCUUCCUACAAGGAACUCCAAAUCCUCAGCCUUCCUUCUUCUUGGUUGCGGCGGCUAUCAGGCUGUCGCAUAGCAUCGGCCUCCAUAAACGGGGAUCUGGAUUCGGACUAAACCCAGUUGAAGUUGAGCAGCGAAAGAGGGUGUUUUGGAUCGCUUAUCUUCUUGAUAAAGAUAUCUGCCUUCGUUCUGGUCGCCCUCCGGUGCAGGAUGACGACGAUAUGAAUGUGGAGCUACCCAGCGAAGAUCCGCCAGAUAACAUAGGCAAUGUACCUAUAUCUGACGGAAAGGGGAAGUUCAACUUAUUCAGAUCAUUGUGCCGAUUCGCUACCAUUGAGAGCCGAGUAUAUAAGCGGCUAUACUCUGCUAAAGCGUCCAAGCAAUCCGAUGGCGAGUUGCUUAAUACUAUUGGAGACUUGGACAGAGAACUCGAAGAAUGGAAAGACAGCAUUCCUAUUGAUUUCCGACCUGAGCAUGAAAUCAAAGCUUCCCACACACCCCUUAUUCUCCACGUUGUCGUCCUUCAUUUUGCCUACUAUAACUGCUUGACAACGAUCCACCGGAUGUCUGUACACCACGGGUAUUGGACAAGCCGUCUAUCCAACUAUGCAAUCCAAGGCCUCAAUGCCAGGCCGUUAAACCCUAGAGUCUUUUUAUCUGCCGUUCUUUGCGUCACGGCCGCCAGAGCGUCUAUCAAUCUAAUCAAAUACAUACCACACGGUGAUUUCGCAUGUGUCUGGUUGAUUCUGUAUUAUCCCGUUUCAGCAUUGGUAACUUUGUUUGCUAAUAUUCUUCAAAACCCCAACGAUGCUCGAGCACGUUCUGAUGUCAAACUCAUGACUGUGGUUGUCAAUUUUCUAUCAACGCUCGUGUCUGAUGAAUCCAAUGGGAGCAUUAAGCGUAUGCUUGGCCUCUGUGGCGAGUUUGAGAGGAUAGCCCAAGUAGUUCUUGACAAGGCAGAAAAGGAGUCACAUUCGAAGAAGAAACGCAAGGCGGCCCCCGAUGAGCCACAGGAUUUGCAGCAAAAGACACCUGAUGAGAGCUCGGCUCAUUCCCCUUCUACUAAAAGGCCAACAGGCGCACCACCAACAACUGCCCCAUUCCCAUCAUCUUCGUAUUCGAUAAAUCUGGGCAACACUGGUCCUGAUAUGUCGAAUGCUGCAAGGGCCUUCGCUCCAGGUCAAAAUGUCUUAGGCACUAAUGGUGUUCCCACAUCUAUGCAGGAAAGUAUGCACACCAUGCCUGGUAUGGGACACGAGUUCUCAGAUAUGCUUAGCCCCAACAACAUGGACGGUGUGGGCUUUGGUGAUCAACAGCCAUUCGGCACUCCUACUGGAACCCCUAUGACAUCUUUCCAACAACCCUUUGUCCCACAAGACCUAUGGCAGAUGCCAAUGACGAUCGAAUGGGACUGGGCUGACAUGUCUAGCAACUUCCCGGUCUUUGAGGGGACACCCAAUCAUGGACCCUGA